CGCCAUUCUUUCUCUCUCUCUCUUCACUCCCACUUCCAUGGCUUUUCCUUUCCUCUUCACUAAAGCUUAGCAGGCGCCGCAGCCUCUCUUGUCCCCCAUUACCUUUCCUCUUCCUCUCUUCUCACUGAUUAUUGUAUAUAUGGGGUUAGAUGUAGCUUUGGAAGGUGAAAAUUACCAGGCAGGACCGAGGCCAAAAGCCACUUAUAUGUUUAUUGAUUGUCCAACAGCCAGAGAUAGAAAAGGGAAAACUAAAGACAAAUAUUUUGAAUUGAAGAUUCUGGAUGGUAGCUUCCCAGAAGCAAGCCUUACUGAUUCCUCAAGUCCAUGCCGUCGAAGCAUGCCUUCUAGGCCUACUGUGAAAGAUAAUGAAGUCCAAAAGAGGGGUUCUAUGUAUCAUAGCUCUAGAGAAGUUAGAAAAAUGAGGAAGCAAAGAGAAGGUGAGAGGAAUCUCAAACCAGUGGAUAGCAAGGAGGCUUUCCUAUCUUUUGAGAUCGUCAAUUCCUUGGCAAGGUCCCAGCAAGAUGAACUGGUUAUUACUCCUCAACAGAAGAAAUCACCACUUGUUUCUUUGAGUGAAGAGCAUGCAUCUAUGUCUAAUGUUCCUGCUCAAUCAGUUUUUUCCAAAAAUGUGGAUAUUUUUUAUUUGUCCUUCCGCCAUAUGGCUGAAGAGCAGUCAGACCUCAACAGUUCAUGCUCAGGAGGUCCAGAGCCUCCAGAACAAAAAAAAGAUGAAGAAUUGAAGGAUAGCCUCAGUCAAGUGCUUGGUCCACAAAAUGAUGGAAAUGUUUGUCAUGACAAAGGCACAUUCUUCACUUUCUCAAAAUCCUUUUCAGCAAAGGUUCCAUGUCGCAUAGAAAAAGGCUAUCUGAAAGACAGUUUGAGACCUCGGUUUAGUCCUCUGAAGAAAAUGUUUGAUCCCAUCAUGAAAUCCAGAUCUUUGCGGAACCCAUCAACUGGUGAAACAGAAACUUCUGGGAUCACUACUACUGAUCCUGCAAACACCCAGAAAAGUAGGCAGUUGUGUAAAUCCCUUUUGAAUGACUUCUCAGAUGUAGCAGAGAAGACUGAAUUUGAUGAUUGUUUCAUUGGGGAAGACCCCGUUUUAAUGGCUGGUUCUUCACCAGCUCACCUGCAUGGAACUCUUAGAUUAGAAUUUAAGUACGGUGUUCCAUCAUUUGAGUUCUCCGUCAAAGAUCCAGAACUCCAGCUUUCAGCAAAGGCAAUGGAAAACGAAUAAUGCGUUUAAUUGGAUAUACACCUUUCAGAAAAAGAGAAGCAGCAGCACAGCAUGGGGCACAAAAGACCGACAAGGGCAGUCACCUUCAGUAAUUGGUCAAAUGCAUGCUACUUGUUAUCUGUGCUCAUCAAUGAAUGAUAAUGGAUGUGUAGACAACUCAAUGGUGACAGAGUUCGUUUUGCAUGACAUGGCCUUGGCAAAGAACCGAGCUAUGGAGGAAGGAGGUCAUUAUUCUUCAGAUUCGGUGCAAAUUCCCAC